UGCUGCUCACUUUGGAAACACCUCCAAAGCUCUCUCUCUUCCCUUCGCCAACUCCGCCCACCUCUCUUUUAAAUCCCCCAACCUUCUCACUCUCUGACCGUACACCUCCGGUCACCGCCAAUCACAAUGUCACAGUCUGUGCAUCUCCUUACCCCAUCGAACCUCGCCGUCCCCAAACACAACACCUCCUUCCUCUCCGCCUUCAAUUGCCGGUUACCGCUCACCACCACCGCCGUCCCCGUCUUCCCGAAGCUUUCGAUCAGAGCCGCUUCAUCCGAUCGCGAGCCUUCCGUUAUCGUCACCGACAACGGCACUUCCUCUUUGGGGAUCCAACCCCCUGCUUCGCAGCCCGACCAUGCUCUCUCCAGCUCCAUCGAGGUCGACGCUGUCACCGAGGCCGAGCUCAGAGAGAACGGAUUCCGUAGCACAAGGCGCACCAAGCUCAUCUGCACCAUCGGCCCAGCCACCUCCGGCUUCGAACAGCUCGAGUCGCUCGCUGUUGGCGGCAUGAACGUCGCUCGCAUCAACAUGUGCCACGGCACUCGCGAAUGGCACCGCGAGGUCAUACAACGCGUCAGGAAGCUCAACGAGGAGAAGGGGUACGCAGUCGCCAUCAUGAUGGACACCGAAGGCAGCGAGAUUCACAUGGGCGAUUUCGGUGGCGCCUCUUCUGCAAAAGCCGAGGAUGAUGAGAUAUGGACUUUUAGUGUCAGAGCUUUUGGCUACACUCUCCCCGAACGCACCAUCAAUGUGAAUUAUGAUGGUUUUGCUGAAGAUGUGAAAGUGGGGGAUGAACUGCUUGUGGAUGGUGGCAUGGUUAGGUUUGAGGUGGUUGAGAAGCUUGGUCCCGAUGUUAAAUGUAGAUGCACGGAUCCUGGAUUGUUGCUGCCUCGGGCUAAUUUGACUUUCUGGAGGGAUGGGAGUUUAGUGCGAGAACGUAAUGCCAUGCUUCCCACAAUUUCUUCUAAGGAUUGGUUGGACAUUGAUUUUGGGAUUGCAGAGGGUGUUGAUUUUAUCGCUGUAUCUUUUGUCAAGUCUGCUGAAGUGAUUAAUCAUCUUAAAAGCUAUAUUGCUGCACGGUCUCGAGAUAGCGAUGUUGCUGUCAUUGCAAAGAUAGAGAGCAUUGACUCACUAAAGAACUUGGAAGAAAUCAUUCUAGCGUCAGAUGGAGCAAUGGUAGCAAGAGGAGAUCUAGGUGCUCAGAUACCACUAGAACAGGUACCAGCAGCCCAGCACAGGAUUGUUCAAGUUUGUCGGCAGCUAAAUAAGCCAGUCAUUGUGGCUUCUCAACUACUCGAAUCUAUGAUUGAAUAUCCUACACCAACUAGAGCUGAAGUGGCUGAUGUUUCGGAAGCAGUGAGGCAGCGAGCUGAUGCUUUGAUGCUCUCUGGUGAGUCUGCUAUGGGCCAGUUCCCAGAGAAGUCACUGGCUGUUCUCAGAAGUGUGAGUCUGAGGAUUGAGAGAUGGUGGAGGGAAGAGAAACAUCAUGAAGCUAUGGAACUCCCAGGAGUUGGAUCGUCAUUUUCAGACAGUAUUUCAGAGGAGAUUUGCAUUUCUGCUGCCAAGAUGGCUAACAAUCUAGGGGUAGAUGCUCUUUUUGUCUAUACAAAGACGGGCCACACGGCAUCUCUCCUGUCACGCUGCCGGCCUGACUGCCCAAUCUUUGCAUUUACUAACACAACAUCUGUGAGGAGGCGUCUGAACCUACAGUGGGGUCUGAUACCAUUUCGGGUGAGCUUCUCUGAUGAUAUGGAAAGCAACCUGAAUAAAACCUUCUCACUGCUCAAGGCCAGGAAUUUGAUCAAAUCAGGUGACCUUGUUAUUGCUGUCUCAGACAUCUUGCAGUCCAUCCAAGUUAUGAAUGUUCCUUAAAAACUGGAUUUCAUUUGGAUUGCAAGUGUUUUCUUGAUCGUUCUAGAUUCAGUUAUAUCUAUCGAACUGCUAUGUUCAUUGCUGCAAUUUGGUUCUCGGUUGAAAGAAAAGGGGGUAAUCUGGAGAUAAUCAAAUUUUCCUUUAUUGAUCUCACCGGGGCCUUGCUUCAGGAUCCACCAUGCAAUUUGUCAGGUUUAUGCCCGCUUGAGCUGCUUGGUUUUUGGUUUUUUAGUUCACAAUAGUACCUUGUGACAUUAAUUUAGUGUUAGGGUGAGAUAUGACAAGAAUUGUCCUUGAAAGGCCUGUAUCUUUAUGUUUUGGCAUUGCACAAAUAGUUUACCUUAUGCAUUGUAUUGCCUUGUUCAACUUUAAAAUCUGUGUUUUGAUGUGUUUCUGAGAUUGCAUCAAGCAUGAUCAACAAUAACCAUUUCAAGUUACUGUUUAA